AGACAUGUACUGAUGGCUGCAUACCAGGAUUUCAAGGCCCAAACUGCCAGAGGCCAUGUUACAGUACCAAGGAAGACUGUACCAGAUGCCCAGGUGGAUGUCAUGGGGAGUAUUGCCAGAUGGGUCGAACUUGUUUCUCUGGUUGCAGCGACUCAUACUAUGGAGCAGGAUGUAGCACGUGUUCCAGCAGAUGUAAGUCCUGCAACAGGAUCACAGGAACAUGUGAGGAGUGUCAGCCUCCAUAUUCUGGACUGGACUGUAGAUCCUCGUGUGAGCACUGUGUCGGUGGAUGUGAGAGUGGCUGCCAACAGGGAUGCAGACAAGGAUUCUAUGGAGACAACUGUAAUGAAGCAUGCAGUGACACCUGCCGAGCUGAUCCCUCCCUGUCUACUGAUGAACGAUGUCCUGAGGGAGACUCAUGUACCCCUGAGUGCCACAGCCAGACUGGCGAGUGUGUUCACGGUUGUGUAGAUGGCUGGUACGGCCCGAAGUGUUCAAGGCGAUGCAACUCUAACUGCAAACAUCAAAGGUGUAACCCCGCAGGUGUUUGUGUUGAGGGAUGUGCACAGGGACAUUUUAGGUCUGAUUGUGAGCCAUGCCUGGAGCAAUGCCUCAAUAUUAAAUGUGCACUAAGCAACGGAUCGUGUUGCAACGGUUGCAGAAAUGGUUUAUCUGGAGGUAAAUGUAACCUAUCUUGUAGUGUAUGUCCGGAUAGUAUAGACACGAACUCGAGUUUAUGUACACCUGAAUACAAUAUGUGUAUGUACAACUGCACAAACAAUGCCUCGUUAUCUGAUUGCUCUACCGGAUCCUGUGACACAGUUUCUUUUCCAAUCAACACAGAGACUGUGAAGUACCUGGUGGUGUUUGUCAUCUGCAUCCUGGCAGCAAGUACAGAUGGCUACUGCUGUUCCGCAGAGGUCUCUCAACCAAAAUGUACGUACUGAGCAGAUAGUACACAUUGAUAUCGUUCUAUCCUAUGUAAGUAGGGAUAAUACUUUGUCAUAUUCUAGUACUAGUUUCACUACAUGAAAUCACAUGCGCUGUUUUAAAUGUUGUUUUCAUGUUCUGUUUUUGUGUCUAUCCUAUCACUAUCACCACCACUAAUUACGCCACAAUUAAGCAAAUGUAAGGUCGAAUUGUUUUCAUGAAAUCAUUUUAGGUUGCUCA